AUGAAGCAGCCGCUGCUCCUCCUCCUCCACCUCCUCAGCUUGUUUCCCGCCCUUGAAUUGAUUGCUGCUGGACCACCUCAUAACAAUGAUUCUGAUCCUGUGAUACACAGUGCGUAUAUUAAAUUUGCUGCAGUGAAAAAUAUUUCCAAACGGCAAGUAUGUCCACCGGGGAAGCACCAAUCAGGAGAUAACUGCUGUGACCUUUGUGAGCCUGGCAAGGUUAUAGACAAAGACUGUACAGACUCCAGUAACACAACUUGUAAAGAGUGUAAGGAAGGAGAAGAGUACACAGAUGGUUACAAUUACCUUUCCAAAUGCCGACGGUGCAGCUCUUGUGAUGCAGAGCAUGGUCUGGAAGUUGACAAACCCUGUAUCAGAUCCCGAAAUGUGAAAUGCCGGUGCAGGCCUGGCUUUUUUUACAAUUCCUCGGAACCGUGCCAUCACUGUAAUCCAUGUACAAAAUGUGAACAUGAUAUAAUCGUAGAAGAAUGCACCCCAAACAAAGACACCAUCUGUGGAAGUAAACAGAAUUUGCUUUGGAUCAUUGCAAUUGUCAUUCCACUUACACUCGCUCCGAUCUUAUUCAUAAUAUGGAAAUAUUGGCGCAAUAACCGCAGGAUGCGAAGGACACAAAUCAAAGAUGACCAGAAAAAUACGGAACUGAAGCCUCUUUUUUACCCAGAUAUUGACUUAACGCCUUACAUCAGUGACAUUGCAGAGGAAAUGACCUUUGAACAAGUCAUGAAGUUUAUUCGGAAACAGGGGCUGUCAAACCCUACCAUAGAAAGGAUCAAUCUGGAUAAUAUGCAUGAUGUUUCUGAGAAGAAGAUAAAGCUACUUGAAUGCUGGUACCAAGAGAAAGGGAUAAAAGAUGCUUAUGGAACUUUAAUCAGCAGCCUGAAAGGCCUUAAGCUACACGCCCUUGCUCAAAAGAUUGAACGAAAGAUGCCUUCUCAUAUACAGAACAAUGUACCAAUGCCAGAGUAUCAAAACAGUUCCAGUUUUGAAGAAAGUAGUCCUAUAUAA